AGGACAGUUUCGUUUGGCACGGAGCGACUGAACCGCUCCACAUCCCGUCUGUCAGUCUGUCCUCGUUUUUUGGUUGCUUAUACUGCCUACUACGGGAUAUUUGUGAUUGGUUCAUCCCUCCCUCUCCUCCCUCCCUCCUGCGUGAUUGUAUGUAAAUCCGGUCGGGACUGAGCCAGUAGGUGAGGUUGGGGCUGGUGGCUCCUGCCUCGGUGGCGCACACGAGACCGGAGAGCGGCCGAGGUGAGAUCGCUGCGCCGUCGGAGCUGUCCACUCUGCCGUGGUGCUGAACUCCACGUCCCCUCUGCUCUUCUUCUUCCUCCUCUCUGCGGCUCUACUGUACAUUGAUCAUAUUUUGGGAAAGGAUUAACAACCUCCCUUUUGGCUGUUUUUAGAUACAAACUUCUCCCGCGGACAUCUCUCUCUCUCUCUCUCUCUCUGUACAUCGGAAAUUACACUACACCAGCCGUGGAUUUGACCGGAGCUCGAGAUUAUCGUUAAUAGUAGUUUGUUGAGAAGUGUUGCGUCCUUCUGUUCAGCGCUAAUCACGCUUGGAUUAUCCCCCUGGAUGAUUUACGUCUGGACACACAGGAAAAGACCAAUGAAGACAGCCAGAUGGUGGUCGGCGGCAAUUUUACUGUUGGGGCUUGCUGUGCCUGGUGCCGACGGGAGACCCAACAAGGAGGGAUUCGGGUUGCCGCCCUAUCGACCAGUCGUGAGAUUCCGACACAAGCAGGAUGGGAUCCCUGAGAGCUUGAGGAUAAAGGGUUUUGUUGGACACAAUGGCUACCCAGGUCCAUGUGAACACAAGUACUGUGGUCUGGGGCGUCACUGUGUGGUCAACCAUGAGACUGGCCAAGGGGAGUGCAAGUGCUUGGACCACUGUAAACCGCACUACAAACCCGUGUGCGGCUCGGAUGGGAAGCUGUACCAGAACCAUUGUGAGCUCCACCGGGCCUCCUGUCUGAGAGGACACAGGAUUACCAUCACGCACAGUGAGGAGUGCUUCUACAAAGAUGAUAACUGCAGACUGAGUGACUACCGUCGGCUUAAAACCAAGAUUCUGGACCUCCAUGACAAACGAUACAUGGGGUCUCACCUCCAUGGGGCCCACAAGGACAACAUGGCUGCCAGGAAGCAACUGGUUGAUAUGAUGUUAAAACGCUUUGAUGCAGAUAAUAACGGUCAAAUAGAUGCCAGCGAACUCUCACAGGUCAUCAAGCAAGAGGGUCUGUCCAAGGAUUUCUCUGAGUGCACAUUGUUUGACCUUCUGAAGUACAAUGAUGUCAACGAUGACGAGCACCUGACAAAAGACGAGUUUUACACAGCUUUUGAUGUGUACCUGCUUACCCUUCCAGAUGAUCAGAAAGUGAGCGUCACCACGGUAACAGUUGGCCAGAGCGCCGUGUUGACUUGUGCCAUCACAGGGGAACGGAGGCCUCCUAUACAGUGGAAGAGAAACCAUCAAUAUCUGAACUCCUUAAACCUGGAAGACAUCAAUAUCCCGUCCCAGGACUUUGGGGAUGAUGGCUCAUUAUACAUCACCAAGGUGACGACGACCCACAUGGGCAACUACACCUGUCAUGCCGACGGCUACGAGAAACUCUUUCAGACCCACACUCUUCAAGUGAACGUUCCUCCCGUCAUCCGAGUUUACCCGGAGAGCCAAGCCAGAGAGCCAGGCGUCACUGCCAGCCUGCGCUGCCACGCUGAGGGUAUUCCCAGCCCCCAGCUGGCCUGGCUGAAGAACGGCAUGGACAUCACCACCAAACUGUCCAAACAGCUCACCCUGCAAGCUAAUGGAAGUGAGGUGCACAUCAGCAACGUGCACUUUGAGGACACCGGCGCCUACACCUGCAUCGCCAAAAAUGAGGCCGGUGUGGACGAGGACAUCUCCUCGCUAUUUGUGGAGGACUCUGCACGCAAAACGUUGGCAAACAUUUUGUGGCGAGAAGAAGGUCUUGGCAUUGGCAACAUGUUCUACGUGUUCUAUGAAGACGGUAUAAAAGUCAUUCAGCCGGUGGCAUGUGAGAUACAGCGACACAUUAAGCCCAGUGAGAAGCUGCUGGCUCUACAGGAGCAGGUGUGUCCGAUGUCACCAGGAGAGAAGGUCCAGAGGUGUGUGUGGUCAUCAGCGGUCAACGUCAAGGACAAGUUUAUUUAUGUGACACAGCCAACCUUGGAUCGAGUGCUCAUAGUUGACAUCCAGUCUCAGAAGGCUGUCCAGACGGUCAGCACCGACCCUUAUCCUGUGAAGCUCCAUUACGACAAGUCUCACGACCAGGUGUGGCUGCUCAGCUGGGGAGACAUGGAGAAGAACUUCCCCACUCUGCAGGUGAUCAAUCAGGCCAGUGGAAGAGUCUCCCACCACACCGUUCACACGCAGCCGGUUGGCAGGCGCUUUGACAGGGUGGAUGAUUUCUUCAUUCCCGCCUCCAGCCUCAUCAUUAACCACAUCAGGUUUGGCCUCAUCCUUCAUCGAAAUGAGCCUGUCCUCCACAAAAUUGACCUGGAGACGACGUCCUACGUGAAAAACAUCAGUUUACGGGAGUAUAAUUGCAUCCCCAAGUCUGUAGCCUACACCCAUCUCGGCGGCUACUACUUUGUCAACUGCAGACCUGAUUCCACUGGCGCCACACAACCCCAGCUCAUCUUGGACAGUGUGACAGAUUGUGCGAUCGGACAAAACCGCGACGUCACCGGUACUCCCUACGUGUCUCCAGAUGGUCAUUACUUGGUCACUGUCGAUGAUGGCGACGGUUUGAUGAGGAUCCAGACAAUCUCAGAGCGGGGAGAGAUCGGGGAGCCCUUCGACAUCCACACCAACCUUCACCUGUCCGAACUGGCGUUCCAGCGCUCCUUCACGGAGGUCCACCAGUACAACGUGUUCGGCAGCUCCGGCCGUCAAACUGACGCUCUGUUUGUGGAGCUGAGCACGGGCAAGGUCAAGAUGAUCAAGAGCUUGAAGGAGGCAACCAAGUCGUUUGAGUGGCCGUGGAGCAGUACGAACAGGGUAAUGGCGAGCAGCGGACUGUUCGGACAGUACCUCAUGACCCCGUCUAGAGAAUCCCUCUUUAUCCUGGAUGGACGGCUCAACAAGCUCAACUGUGAGAUCACUGAUGUCCUCAAAGGCAACGUUGUGGUGUGGGUGGGGGAGUCUUAGGUCUAACACCAAGACCCAAGGAGCUUUGUUUUCCUCAAAAGGUACUGUUGCACUGAAUUCUGUUGCAGAUUCUUUAAUUUUGUGGGAGCACGAUAGUGAAAACCACAGAUUCAGAAACCAAAUUGACCAUUUGUAAGUCCAUUGGAUGAAGAACUGUCAUCCAAAAAAAAAAAGAAAAAUACAAGUGAGGAAGUAAUUGAUUGAUAUUGUCUUAAGGCCAAGUUAAUUAAUUUGUUUUCCACUGGGUGGUUUGUCUUUCAGUCAACAUAAAGUUGCUUGCUGGUAACAUUUUCAGGAAAAUUGGUAUGAAUCCGUAAAUAUGUGCAACUUUGCAUUAUUAUUCACAGUCAGUUGUAUUCAGUGUGUGGGAAUGCUGUAGAUAAUCUCAACAAAAUUAAUAUUUAAACAAAUUGGCAGAAAUAGAUAUAUAUACUGUAUAUGUCCAGAUUAACUCUUGUAAUUUAAGUUUAUCCAUCCCCAACUUUUUCCUGUGCCUUCAAGGAAAAUUGCCCUCCAUCAGAGGAUUUAGUGUAAUUAUUCCCAGUAUGACUGCAGACUACACAUCUUCCUUUGACUCCUCCAUUCCUACCAAGUGUGGUUACUCUCAAAUAUACCGCUGUCCUCUAUCUGUCCAUCCAACACAGCCGCCUCAGUCUAAUUAAAAUGAGCCCUUGCUGUGAUCUCAUCCUGUUUGAAGUGGAGACGGAGGGACUGAGUGGUUCAUUACGGUGGUGCGCUCCGUGACCUUUGAUCUGAAAUUAUAACCAGCGUCAGAAGGUUCUGAAUGAUAUUUUAUUUUCAAUUUUAGUCCAAAGCAUAAAAAUGAAAGUCAGUGGCGAUGUUAGUUAAAUUGUACCGGCUUUAUAUGCUGCACAUUGUGAAAUUUAAGUAUUUCAAAAUGUUCCUUAGCAAUGAGUCAAUAGAGCACUUGUGUGUGAAGAAAAUCCUAUCAUAACUUCAAUAUCCCUUGAUCCCCCCCCAAAAAAAAAGAAAAAAGAAAAAGGAAAAAAAAAAGAAAGAAAGAAAAGCGUAGUAGAAUAUAAUGAAUGAAGUGUGGAAAAGACAGCAAGUUUGAAGUGGACGUUUUAUUGUGAAGUAAUGACGCUAGCUCUCUGAGGGGUGGGGGUAGUCGUGGUUGAAUUGUGUAGAGGGUCUUUGAAUACGAGUAACUCUUUCUGAUCGCUCCUGCUGUAGAUUUGUAGCUGGCAAGUCAAUGAAAGCAUUUCCUAGCUGGACACAUUUCUAUGCAUUUUCACCCUAGCACUCUAUGACUCUGUGAAUCACAAUGGGCAACUGUAUCUCAAACUUAGUAUGGACUUUUGAUGUGUACAGAUUAUAUAAAGUCAUUCUGUCUUUCCUGUUCAAUCUUACACAUAUAUAUAUUUUGGUUUUAAUUUAAUUUGAGUAUUUUUUCCCCCCACGUUACAUGUUGUUUUCCAACCUUUAAACUCGACUGUACUGCUAAUGACGACCUCUGACCUUUCUCUCUAUUUAUGUUCUGUACAUAGCGGCUGACUGUGAGUCCAUUAGUUUCCCAUGAAUGUACAGGUUCACGCAGGUUCUGAUCAUUUUCCAAGCAAAUAAUCAGUACACUCCUUUUUAAGAAACGAAAACACACAGCUGUCAUUAUCAACAUCCUGUACUCAAGUACAUUGUGGUCACAAACACUGCUUUCACCUCCAUAUAGCCAUGUCCUGUAUGUUUAUUCAUGUGAUUGUUAUUUAUAUAGAGAAAACACGCUUGUCAUUUUACCCAAUAAUAAAAAAAUAUACCAUGAAAAUGAA